AUGGUUUCGCAAGACUUUUUGAAAGAACUGCCCAAAUGUGAGCAUCAUUUGCAUCUAGAAGGUACUCUAGAACCCGACCUUCUUUUCCCGCUAGCUAAACGUAACGGUAUAACCUUGCCACAAGAAUUCCCACAGACCGUAGCUGAAUUAGAGACUAGAUACGGUCAGUUCAAAGAUCUACAAGACUUCUUGGACUACUACUAUAUUGGUACUAGCGUUCUUAUCGACGAACAAGAUUUCCACGACUUAGCAUGGGCAUAUUUCCAAAAAGUCCAUUCGCAGGGUUUAGUUCAUGCCGAAGUGUUUUACGAUCCUCAAUCUCACACCACCAGAGGUAUACCAAUUGAAGUUGUUACUCGAGGAUUUGAAACUGCAUGCCAAAGAGCUGAGAGGGAAUUGGGUAUUACUUCAAAGUUGAUCAUGUGCCUUCUCAGACACAUGGACCCUCAAGAAUGUCUGCAGACCAUAGAGGAUGCUAACAAAUUGAUCUCAAAUGGUACCAUUCACGGUAUUGGAUUAGAUUCUGCCGAAAGGCCUUUCCCACCCGAAUUGUUUGUUGAGUGUUAUGAGAAGGCAAGAUCAAUUAAUCCAGAAAUACAACUUACCGCACACGCCGGUGAAGAAGGACCUGCUAAAUACGUUAGCAACUCUUUGGAUCUUUUGCAAGUGUCCAGAAUCGACCAUGGUGUUAAUAGUGUUCACGACGAAGAGUUGAUGCAAAGAUUGGCACAAGAAAAAAUUAUGCUUACCGUGUGUCCGUUAUCCAACGUUAAAUUACAGGUAGUUUCCCGUGUAAGUCAAAUUCCGCUGCAGAAAUUAUUGGAUGCUAAUGUACCAUUUUCAUUAAAUUCUGACGAUCCUGCGUAUUUUGGUGGCUACAUAUUAGACAACUACUAUAAAGUUGCUGAAGAAUUCCCUCAUUGGGACCACAAGGUUUGGUCAACAAUUUGUCGUAAUUCCAUCGAGGGUUCUUGGUGUGAUGCAAAGAGGAAGAAUGAAUUGUUGAGCAGAUUAGAUCAAGUCGUUGCUAAAUACUACCCUUUGAACUAG